CAGCUGGGACGAUGCCGCAGUGUGAAGGAGUUUGAGAAGCUGAACCGCAUUGGAGAGGGUACCUACGGCAUUGUGUAUCGGGCCCGGGACACCCAGACAGAUGAGAUUGUCGCGCUGAAGAAGGUACGGAUGGACAAGGAGAAGGAUGGCAUCCCCAUCAGCAGCCUGCGGGAGAUCACACUGCUGCUCCGCCUGCGUCACCCCAACAUCGUGGAGCUGAAGGAGGUGGUUGUGGGGAACCACCUGGAGAGCAUCUUCCUGGUGAUGGGUUACUGUGAGCAGGACCUGGCCAGCCUCCUGGAGAAUAUGCCAACACCCUUCUCGGAGGCCCAAGUCAAGUGCAUCGUGCUGCAGGUGCUCCGGGGCCUCCAGUAUCUGCACAGGAACUUCAUCAUCCACAGGGACCUGAAGGUUUCCAACUUGCUCAUGACUGACAAGGGCUGUGUGAAGACAGCGGAUUUCGGCUUGGCCCGGGCCUAUGGCGUCCCAGUAAAGCCAAUGACCCCCAAGGUGGUCACUCUCUGGUACCGAGCCCCCGAACUGCUGUUGGGAACCACCACGCAGACCACCAGCAUCGACAUGUGGGCCGUGGGUUGCAUCCUGGCCGAGCUGCUGGCCCACAAGCCCCUUCUCCCUGGCACCUCUGAGAUCCACCAGAUCGACUUGAUCGUGCAGCUGCUGGGGACGCCCAGUGAGAACAUCUGGCCGGGCUUUUCCAAGCUGCCGCUGGUCGGCCAGUACAGUCUCCGGAAGCAGCCCUACAACAACCUGAAGCACAAGUUCCCGUGGCUCUCGGAGGCCGGUCUGCGUCUGCUGCACUUCCUGUUCAUGUACGACCCUAAGAAAAGGGCGACGGCCGGGGACUGCCUGGAGAGCUCCUACUUCAAGGAGAAGCCCCUACCCUGUGAGCCGGAGCUCAUGCCCACCUUUCCCCACCACCGCAACAAGCGGGCCGCCCCGGCCACCUCUGAAGGCCACAGCAAGCGCUGUAAACCCUGACGGUGGGCCUGGCAUACGCCUGUAUUCCCACACCAUGUCUUCCGGGCGGCGGUGUCCGUGAAGGGUGCUAGGAGCUGACGAGGUGCCUGGGACCCAGCUCAUCCCCUUGACUGACUUCCUCCACUGACUUCCUCCCACUGUCUGCCCGGAACCCACUACUGCCCCCAAAAACGCAGG